AUGAACCAGACAAAGGUCACUGGGGAGGAUGGAACCACAAAAAAGGAAGCGGAAGCAAUCGGAGCAUUACAGUUGGAUGUUCCUACAACCGGAACGAACGAGCAGGAUAAAAAUGUGAACCUGACUCAACUGAAAAUGGAAAACACAAAGGUCACCAAAGAGGAAUUAGCUGAGCUUGGACUGGAUGACCUUUCAGUGAACGAUAAGACUGUAGGCGAUGACCUUUGGGCAACUCCAAUGGUCUCAGACGAAUCGAACGAAUCGUACUUCACAGACGAUGAAGCAACGAUGAAUAUGUCCUUCCAAACUGCAAUGAAAGAGGCUGAUCGCGCCGAAGGUAUGACGCCGUUUAAAGACAUACCGGAACGCCUUAUCGAACGGACACAAGCGGGAAAGGUCAUUAAUGUUCGACCACCAUCACCAAACAGCCCCACAACGACUUUGAGGACUCGUGUGAGGGAAUUGGAAAAUGAACUCGAGGCCAAGGAAAGUCAGGCAAUGAAGCGGACAAAAGAAAACCGAGAAAAAUUGUCGUCGCUGGAAACUCGAAUAUACGAAUUGGAACAACAACAAGUUGACCUGGAGAGCGCGGCGGAUGAAUGGAAAAUCAAAUAUGAACGCCAAAGGGAACUCGCGGAGGAAUAUUUGAAAAUGGUAGAUGACAGAGAAAUGGAAGGUCAUCUUGCAGUCAGUGACCUCAACGAGAGUAUGUCAGAGGAGUCAGCUGAAAGGUCACGGCACUUGGCACAAUUGAAGGAUGAAUGUGACCAGUUGCGUCAAAAGGUCACUGAAGCGGAAGCCAAACGGGAUGAAUACGCCGCCAACCUUGCAGAGGUCACACAACGGCUAACAAGGCUGGCAACGGAAACGUUUAAGCUCAGGAACGACCUGAAGCUGCGAGAGGAAGAUAUCAGCACUCUACAACGUGAAUCGAAAGGUCACCAGAAACGUGCGGAUGAAGCGGAAAAGCUACGCAAUGACGCAAUCAAGACGAUGCGCGAGGCAAGAGACACUACAGCCUCUGAAGGAGAACGCCUGAAAGAAGAAAUUAAAAAGGUCAACGACGAAAACGAAAAGGUCACUGCAGACAUUCAGAAGGUUACCAAGGAAGGGCUCAAAUGGCAAAAAGAAGCCCGACGAUUGGAUACAAUGGUCACAGCAUUGGAGCUGAAGGACAAAGAGUGGCACCAACAAGUCGCUCAAAAGAGCCAAGAAAUCACAAAGCUGAAUACUGAACUGCUGGAGAUGACCACUACAGCACUGGCGAAAGAUGAUGAGUUGAUUGCAACCAAGAAUCAGCUGAGAUCAGCUGCUGGAGAGUAUCAGAAACUCGAAGGAGAUGUGACCAAAUUGGUAGAGCAGAUUAAAAGGAUGGAACAAGAAAACGAAAAGGUCACGCAGCAGGAGACUUUUAAGUUGCACGAACACCUGCGAAAGGUCAACUUGGAAAAUUCCGAUUUAAAAAGAGAAAGAGAGGAACUCCAUUUGAGAACUAAACGAUUGGAAGACGAGAACAAAGCGCUUAAUAUGUCAAACAAACACAAAGACGAACAGCUUCUGCAAUACGGAGCCAAGACAGCAACAGUGGAAUCGCCCCCGCCCAGUUACAAUGCGCUAUCAAGAGCACCAAUUGAAGGCCCGACAUGUCAAGAGGAAGAAUUUGACGAGAUUCCGAAUUUUGAGGAUUAUAAGAAGGAAUUCGACACUAAAGAGCCAGCAAUUGAAAUUGGACAGCUGUUCCUACAGAUGGUGGAACAACGCGAAAAACGCCUAAAGGUCACCUCAGCUACGGCGAAGGAGUCGGCUGAAUCAGAAAUGAAGGUGAACCGUGUAAAAAGCUGGUUGCCAAAGGUUAGCUGUGACUCGGUGGUUAUGACCUUUAUCUAUUGCUACUUGCUACAACGUGAAAGCGGCCACAACUGA